ACAGGAAGUACAAAGAACUCAUCUCGCGUCCUCUAGCUACCUCAGUGAUCUUUGCUUCAACCCGUCAACAACCCGCGGAAGUUCAAAUCAGCUUGUUUGGGAAAAACCUGGUGAAACUAACAAAAAAUGGCGGCGAGAGAAAGCAAGUUAAAACAGCGAAAGGAAAUUAUCCACACCACGUUUGAGUCCAGCACAGACUCCACUGCGGUCGAAGAAAAGUUUUUUGGGCAAGCAGAGGAGGACGAGGACGACGGGCCCGUAGUCUUCAUCUGCGGGAAGUGCAAGUUGCCUGUCGGGGAUUCGAUGUCGUGGGAUGGAAGCGAAGACGGUCAAAACCAAAUAAGAUUGAAAAGGGUCACUGACAACGUCGUGGUUGGAAAAGACACACGCCUGCACGACGCGAGUAAACGAUCUCUCUGUCUGAUCGUGGAUCUGUUCUGUCGAGGCUGCCACUCAGUGCUUGGAAUGGUUUUCGCAUCAACGCCUAAGAACCUCGACUACAAGAGGUUUACAUUCUGUUUCAACGUGGCAGAUCUUGACAGCUAUGUGCUCGGCUCUGCGAGCCAGAUGUUGGCAGCAGAGGGCCCCAAAGAGCAGCCGGUCACACUGGAGUACAGAGGCAUCGUGGAACAACAGCUAACAGAGAUGAAAAUGCUGGUCAUAUCCAUGGCCCAGCGGCUGGAGGAGAUCGGCGUUCAGAACGAAUGCGAUGUGGCGUGACCCCUACAGACGUCUGGGAGCGGGGCUUCGUCCAGGUGUCGGCGGUGACGUCUCGUCCCUCACCUUUUUCCUGCUCACAAUUUAAUCUAGACCACAUUCCUCUGUAGUAUGUUCUGUCCUAGCCUCACCUUGCAGACACACAGCCUCCACUCGGCUUGUUCCUGAUCACCGGUGGUGAAACAAAGGCCGCCUGCAAACGUAAUCAAUCAUGUUGUCAGUUGGGCUCGCGUGGCUCGCGGCACCAUCUUUCCAGUGUGUCUCAGUGCACAGCGAGUGUACGCUGUGAGCAGAAUGUUUAUUUGUGCAGGUUUUCAUCAGGCGGACUGCACACUCAGCACAAUGCUGUAUUGAUCCGGCCCCACACACUUUCUCUUUGUUCCCUUCCUCAAGCGUGGAGGCUUGAGGGAUUGCUGUCAAUUAGCGUUUUAUCAUUUUCAACAAUUUAUCAGUGGUAAUGACAAAUGUGGUCUUUUAAAACUGGCUGCGUUUGAGUCUUGCAUGUUAUUGGCUUUUUUUCACUUGAGAAUUGACUAAAUAAAUCUCAGAUAUUGGCCAAAUCUUCUCAGAAACAGACAUUUAUUCGCUUUCCUUAAUUUGUUAAAUUUUCUCAUUGUUGGUCUGUUUUACUGUUCAUUGUUGUAAAGUUUUCUUUGGAACUUGUGUAAUAAAGUAUGGAAACGUCUUAAA